UUGUCCAGAAGAAAAAACAACCUUGUAAUUCUCAUAUUAUACACCAAUUUCAACUUGUGACCACUAAACCGAUCCCGGAAGUGUGAAAAAUGCUACAAGUUAGCCUCUGCUUUGUUCAAGUUUAAUUCCUGGUGUUUUUUAGUAUUAAAACAGUGUUUUAAGUGCAAUGUGAGUGUUUUUCUGUUCAAAAAGUGCGCCAUUUUUGUGACAUUUGCCACUUUGGCAGUUGAAAUUUAGGUUAGGCUCCUGUCAAAACCAUAUGUUUUAUCAGUAUUACUAGUUAAAAUUGAAAGAAAAUGAGUCAAAUUUUGCUAAAACUGUUCCUAUUUACGGGUAUUCUAACAACUGGAUAUUGCAAUCACCUGAAACAAGCACGAGACCAACACAGACUCCAAUUAUCGACAAAAAGCGACUUGCGUUAUUUAUCCUCACUCUCUGACUCGAAUUACAUCAAUAAAGUCCUCGAUAAAAUCCUAAUUCCGCGAGUCGCGGGGACCCCCGACCACGACAAAGUCUUCAAGUUCCUAUCAUCGGAAAUGCGGCGUUUGGGGUGGCAAGUCGACAUCGAUGAGUUUGUAGAGCGGGCCCCCAUAUUCGGCGCUGUCACGUUCAAAAACAUUGUGGCAAGCCCGAAUCCCCAAGCUGAACGUUUCCUCGUUUUGGCUUGCCAUUACGACUCGAAAUACUUCCCGAAUGCCGUGUUCGUGGGGGCUAUCGACUCGGCAGUGCCUUGUGCUAUGAUGCUCGAGAUUGCGAAGACGCUAUCGCGCGAGUUGGACCGUGUUAAAGACUCCCCAGUGGGCUUGAAGUUUAUUUUCUUUGACGGGGAGGAGGCGUUUGAGGAGUGGGGCCCCAACGACUCGAUUUGGGGCGCUAAACACCUGGCGCAGGUGCUGCACGGUAACACUAGUAGUCUCAAUGGGGAAGUUGUAACAGAAUUGGAUAAAAUGGACGUUUUGGUUUUGUUGGAUUUGAUUGGGAUGAAGAAUCCGAAAUUUUUGAAUUUUUUUGAAAACACCCAGCGAUGGUUUGUGAGGUUGUCCCAAAUCGAGCAUGAGUUGCAAAAGUUGAAUCUUUUGAGGAGUCACAGACAUAGCUAUUUUCAGUCAAGUAGGCCAUAUGGGAGGAUUGAGGACGAUCAUCUUCCCUUUUUGAGGAGGGGUGUGCCAGUACUGCACCUGAUUAGCACCCCAUUUCCCCCUGAAUGGCACACGCCUCGAGAUAAUCGCAAUAUCGUCGACAUGGACACUGUCAAUAAUCUCAAUUUGAUAUUGAAAAUUUUCAUUAGCGAAUAUUUGCAACUUUCCUUGGCGGAGUCAGCGGAAGAAUUACCGGAAAAGGAGCUGUGACAUCAAAGACUUAUUUUAGAUUAUUCUAUUAUGCAUUGUAAAGUCAUAUUUUUGUGAAAUACUCUAGAUAACCAAUUUUUCAUAUUUUACAGAUACUUAAAACCAGACAAGACUCAUGAAAAUCCCAUCCCUCUGAUAACUGUAUUUGUAUUUGCACUAAUUUGUAUUAUUUACAAAAAUUUGCAGGAAAAAAGGUGAUAUUUUGUAAGUGGUGUGAAUCACCCGCAGUACACCGGUGUAUUACUGGUUGCAGCAAUUUUGACUGAAUUUUUAAAAAUGUACAUGGAACCAAAGUCAAUUUUGAGAACUAUAUCAGGAACAAAACCCAAUUAAUAAUCCUGGAAAAUGUAAAUAGGUAUAUAUUUUUAAGGAAAUUAGGAAUUUUGCAACCUGUAACGUUCUAUUAACAAAAAUAUUUAUUUUUUUAUUUAAAUUUCUAAGAAAUCGAGUUUUAAACUUUGUUGUUUAAUUUUAUUGUUCUGUAAUAAAUAACAAAUAUAAUUUGUUGGAGCAAACUUGUUAUUCCUUAACCUGAGAAAUACAAAUCCUGAAAAACGACGAGGAACGAAAAAUUCUAGAUUCUCAUCGUUCACAUUAACUGCUUACACAACAGCAUCAAAAGCAAUAAUAAUUUUGUUCAUUUUCAUUACCAUGUAACAAUUCUUAAACUACUUGAUUCAAACUAA